AUGUGCUUCUUCCUGCUCAACGUCUCUGUCAUUGACCUGGGCUGCAUCUCCACCAUUGUCCCUAAAGCCAUGGGCAACUCCCUCUGGGAGACCAGGGCCAUCUCAUAUGAAGGAUGUGCUACACAGAUCUUUCUGUUUAUCUCUCUUCUUGCAGCAGAGUUUGAAUUUCUCACCGUCAUGUCCUAUGACCGCUACGUUGCCAUCUGCAAACCCCUGCACUACGGGACCCUCCUGGGCAGCAGAGCUUGUGUCCACAUGGCAGCAGCUGCCUGGGGCAGCUGUUUUUUCUAUGCUCUUCUGAACACAGCCAAUACAUUUUCAAUACCACUUUGCCAAAGUAAUUCCCUGGGCCAGUUCUUUUGUGAAAUCCCCCAGAUCCUCGAGCUCUCCUGCACACAUUCCUAUCUCAGGGAAUUGGGGAUUAUUGUGGUUGGUGUAUUAGUAGCGUUUUGCUGUUUUGUGUUCAUCGUGGUGUCCUAUGUGCAGAUCUUCAGGGCCGUGCUGAGGAUCCCCUCUGAGCAGGGACGGCACAAAGCCUUUUCCACCUGCCUCCCUCACCUGGCCGUGGUCUCUCUCUUUAUCAGCAUUGGUGCAUUAGCCUACCUGAAACCUUCUUCCAUCUCAUCCCCAUCCCUGGACCUGGCAGUAUCAUUUCUGUAUUCAGUGGUUCCUCCAACAGUGAACCCCCUCAUCUACAGCGUGAGGAACCAGGAGCUCAAGGAUGCCCUGUGGAAACUAAUGGCUGAAUGCAUUUCAAAAGCAAUAAACUUCCUGUCUUCUGCACAUCACUCGUGA